AUGGUUCCAACGUGCCUUCUCCUGCUACUUUAUUACACCAUCGAUGAGUCACCCAGCUGGCUUUUGGAGACAGGCAACGUCAAGGAAGCCGAGCGCAUCGCUUUGCGUGCGGCUAGUAUGAACAAGGUCUCCCCAGAGAACUGCCGAAAUCUCAUGGCAGAUCAGGUAGCGGAGAUUAAGGCCCGUACUCAGGAUGAUGGAUACCGCAGCGGUAUCUGCAGCCAACAAUUCAGGGUUUGCACUAUUACCAUCUGUUAUAUGUGGACUGCGAUAAGCUACGCCUUCAACUCCUUCGUCAUAAACGACGGUGUUCCCGUCGGGGAAAUCACGACCGCCUUGAGCUUCAUCGUGUCCUUCAUCUUGUGCGUCGUGUCAGCGCCAUUCGUUACUUCUUUUGGCUUCCGGAACACCGUGACCACCUCCGGACUCGUCUUUGCCGUAGCACUGACCGCCCUUGCCACUGACCUACGGGAGCAGACGGCGAUGCGUGGUUCGCUCGUAAUUAUGAUACGCGCGACUGGAACCGUAUGCUUGACGUUCUUUCUCAUCAUGUCCGUCAUCCCGUACCCAGUCAUGACCCGCUGUCUAAGCGUCUCUGUGAGUCUCGCCUUCAGCCGACUGGGCGAUACCUUGGCCCAGAUGAGUCCAGUGCUCUUCGGCGGCCGCCGUACAACGUUGCAGCUUGCCAUUGCUGCCGCCUUCAUGUCACUUUUCGUGGUGGGCGCAGAACUUGUGCCCUGUCACAUCGACACUGGGCUGCAAUACCACUUAGCGCCCAGCAAGAGCUCUGGCCACGUGACCAGCGAGGAGUGGAAGCACGCCAUGCAAGGGACACUGGUGCGUCUACCAAGGGCGCCCACGAAGUGCAGGAGCACCCCCAUCACGAAGGACAGAGCAACAUCGAGCCCAACAAGUCCCAACAAAACAUACUAG